AGCCGCCGGACGGGGACACCGACGGGGACACGGCCACCGAGCGCCACCACGGGGACCAGUUCUUCCCCAUUCCCGACCUCUCCACCACCUUCUCCGGGGGGGUGGAGGUGGAGAUGGAGGUGGAGAGGUCCACAACCACCAACGUCCCCCAGUUCUCGGUGCUGUUGUGGCCACAACCCAACACUGGAGGGGUCAACGCUCCUGAGGUCCCACCACGAGAUGAGGUCCAGCUCCAGCAGGUCCCGGUGCACGACUGGGGCUCGGUGGAGGAGGAGACUUACCAAAACACCGGCGUCCAGCCCAAGGUGACAUCGGCAACGCAGGAGCAGAAACAUCUCCAGAGUCCGGCCAAGGUCCCGGGUGGCGCGAAGAGGGUGGAGAAGGAGAACCUCCACCACCAUCCGGGGAGCGGUGACCAGGAGUUCGGAGAAGGUCCAGGACCUUCCAGCAGGUUCGUUGGGUGGUGGGAUGUCAUCACCGAAGGGUUUGAGGUUGGAGCUGGAGGGUUGGAGGUCCAAGCAGGUCCCCAAGUGAGGGGGCUAUGUUGCCAGCCCAGCUCCUACAUGUUUGGUGGACGUCACCCGCCAGGGAAAGACAUGAUGACCCUGGAGUUUGUGGCUGUGUUGGCAGAACAUUCUAACCGCAACGAUCGAGCCACCAUCUGCGUUGUCUUCUACAAAGAACCCGGUAUCUGUGAACAAUUCGCCAACAUGGAGAAAAGAGACCGAGUGAUCACGGGCAGCGCCCGGAUCUCCCUUUCUCACCUGCAGGAAGGACCCAUCUUCUACAGUUACGCUCAGGUGAACACCUUCAGUGAAGAGCGAGAGUGUGAGCUGGAGCACAUUCCAUUGGAGGCUUCCGACCUGCCCGACUCCUUCAGGAACAGAAACGCUCUCUUAUUUCGUGUGUUGCACAUACCCCAAAGCGAGAUCAAAGCGGACGGAACGUGGACCUUCUUCGAACACCUUGAGUGUAGUUUCCGCGGCAGCGGCGGAAGGUUUUCCAAACCCUUCAACCUGCAGAAGAAGAUCUCCAGGUGCAAAAUCCAGAUGGACUAUCUGGAACGGGACUUCUUCACUCGCACCACCUCCUGGAAUUCUCUGGAGGAGAUGGAGAAGAAGCUGGAUAGGUACAAGGAGAGCGUCAACGUCAUUCUGGGGGAUGCUGAGACAGGAGAAGGCUUUCAGAUCAACUGCAGUUCAGCCGUGGAAGCGGUAGGAAGCAGUAUCAAAGCCUUCGUAGAGACCAUCAUCAAGCGCCUGAAGAACGAGCAACGGCAACUUCCCAAGCUCCUCUUCGCCUUUCACGCCGCCGUCCGCUACAACGUGGUCCUCACCUCGGACAUCCUGGCCAAGACUGAGAAGCGCCUGAUGGUCAUCGAGUUCUUUGAGGAAAGAUACAAAGAACUGAGAGGAAAAAGCAAAUACUUCCCGGCUCUGAGGGAGAUCUGUCUCCAGACCACCCAUGGCACCUUGUGGAUCUGGUUGCUCCCGCUGCUCUACGCCAUCAAGGAGAUGAAGGAGGACCUCUCUAUCCAACACAAAGCCUUCACGCAGCUGAAGAAGGACGACGAGAACCAAAAGAAAGUCCUGAAGAUGAUUGGCAUUCACAAGACCUUGAUUAAAAGUUGCCUUCCGCUGGCAAAGAAGGUGGUGGAGAUGGUGGCCUUGAAGAACUUCAUCCGGGACCCUUUGCCUCACACUUGGCUUCCGCUCCAGCUCUUCUUGGAGAGUUUGUACAUGCGCUUUGUGGACUCCAGAAGAGACGCGUCCCCAGUGCCUGACGACUAUUUGAACGCAUUAUUGGAAAGAAUCUCCAGAGGGGUGGACUCUUGGAUCGAAGACAUGUCUUCGAAGCCACUGCCGAAGGCCACGAAGGAGGACGAGGUCUUGCAGUGUCUGAACUUGGUCUACAUGUUGCUGAAGCUUUUCUUGGGGGACCUGAUGAAGCAGGUGGCAUUCGGCCCCAUGAUGACAAUGCUGCGGAUAUUCGAGAAGUUUGUCGGCCCAGCGGAUUCGCUGCGAGAGAACAAGGAAUUCCGGCAGUUGGCUUUGGUGGAAAGGUUUCAGGAGUUUUCAAGUUUCACCAAGCCGUGGCUGACGAAAUACUUCCAGAAGGCCCCCACGAAUGAGAAGUCCUUCCUGGAGAACAUUGAGAUGUGGCAGCAGCUGCUUUCGGUGGAGAUCCUCUGCGCCGACUGGACCACGGAGUGGCGGAAAUUGCUCCACAACAUGUUCGAGACGUGGUUGACGCAGAUUCAUGACAAACACUUAAUGGGCUUCUACGAGGCGUUCCUGAUGACGGAGAAGCAGUAUGAGGUGGAGUUGGAGACCUCCUUCACCAAUUGCGUCAUCCAGUGGAUCAGAACGCUGGAUAAAAGCAAGGAAUUGGCGUUGAAGUUCAGACCACCCGUGUUGCUUGAGACGAAGAAACCGGCUGCUGGGAAGGUGCUUUCCGUCCUGGUGGAGAAGAUGUGUUGGGAGGUGAAGAGGUUGGAAAGUCUCACCGCGUUUCACGAGAACACCGGCUCCGUCCUGGCAAACCUCCUCGCCACGCCGGGGCUCUGCGAUCUCAUUGCUGCUGUCCGAGAAUCGGAGCGCAAGUUUCCCGUCCAGCUCAGCGACGGCGCCCAGAACCUCCUUGAGCAGGUGUACGAGCUCUCCAGCUUCUUGGGCCACCGCGUCCUCCAGGGAGACGUUCCCUGCAGUGUCCUCUCCAACAUCUUGAAGGAUAAGGUGACGUUCACGAAGAUGCUGUGCACCUGCGAUCCCUCUUUCUCCACGUGCAUAACGCAAGUGCUGAAGGUCAGGACGCAAGAGUUUGGCCAACUGGAAGAGCAGAAGAGGCAAAGACGUUCUUUCCUCUGCCUGUGCCGCAGCAUUGAGGACGUGGUGAAAGUGAACAGAAACCCUGUGGAUAUGAGCGUCGUUGACAGCGGCAGUUUGAGGGACCAGAUGGCGGUGAGGCUGUUCUCCGUCAACGGCGAGAGCAUGGUGCAACCACACCCCCUCGACAAUUAUAGCCCCAUGAUGCAAAAACUGGCCGUGGUGGAGAAAAGCCAAUGUUUCCGGCGGCUGUGGAAGAUGACGGCCCAGCAGAUCGAGGCCACCGGACCUGAAGGUCAAGUCCUCUCCAUAGAAGAUGUGCGAGAGAAUAUUUAUAAGCCGGCCAUCGCUGCCUUUCAGAAGACCUACCUGUCCCUCAAAGACUUCUCCAUCACCCUCGGGAUGGUGAAGAGCCAGUUUGAGAAGCUGCUGGGAGACAAGGAGAGGCUCCUGGAGGAGUUUAAGAUCAUGGAGAAGAGCGAAGAGCCGAGGGGUGGCACAGCUGCCUGGAUCACGGGGGCGGUGGAGAGGAUUGAGAACUACCUCACCCUCUCCAAGGUGGUCAACACGGCCAAGAUGAUCGAUGCCCUACGACAGAAGCUCGGGCUGGAGGGGGACUUCCAGAUCCUCAGCGACCUGACGAAAUACGAAGAGGAGGAAUUCAAGAACAAGCGCCUGGAUUUCAUGACCAAAGACUUGAUGAAAGUGAAAAAGAGUUUGACUGACAUCCCCCAGGGAGUCUUGGACUUUCUGAGGGAACUUCUGGAAUGCGCGAGCAAAGGUUUCACCUCCUGGAUCAAGACCAUCAUAAAAGACAAGACGGAAAUCCCCGUUUUUGUGGAUUUGGCCUCGAUUUCCGCGGGGGAAAACGAUAUGGAUAUAGACAAGGUGAGGUUCUUCCGCGACGCCAUGGCUGCUUCUGCCCCCAUCGUGUUCGACCUGAGCCCCACGGAUGGUUUCGAGCAGUUCUCGAAGAAUCUGUCUUUCAUCGGAGAAGCCAUCGCCAAGGACCCGAAGCUUCCCAAGAAGCUGAAAGAUUCCUGCAACAACAAAGAGUGGAUCCAGACGGUUCACGACUCCCACGGCUCUGUGGAACGGUCGUCCAUCUCUCAAGCCCGAAGCAUCAACAGAAACGGGAUUUUUGCCAUCUCGGCACCUCCGAAAUUCAAGGCUACGCUGGAGGACUGCAUCUCGUUGCGACUGCGGGAUGAGGACAAGGAGAACGCGGCUUCAGCCGACCAGACGGUCAAGAAAUACAGUUUGUCUCAGCUCACCGAGCUCCAGAACAAGCUGAUGUUGAUCGCCACCAAGGUCGAGCAGGGCAGAGAGGAGGCAAACCGUUUCCUGGAGAUCCUGGAAAAAGUCGUGACGGUGGGAAAGUUGUACCUGGAGCUUCUCAGUGUCGGCAACAUCCUCUUCAUCAACUGGAAGGCGGACAUCUACUGCAACCCUCAGCAACGCGUGACGGUCUACACGGAGUUUGGAAUCACUGGGAUCCUGGUUCAGAGCAUGAGACCCCUCCUGGAGGAGCUGGAGAGCCUCUCGAAAGCCAUGGAGCAUUGUCUGGUAGAGUGGAAGAAGUACCUGGAGAUUCAAAGGGACAACUUCUACCACCUCAACCUCUUCACUGCCCACCAGCUCUUCUAUUUGUGCAGCCAGCUGGCCAGAGUCCAGAAGGGGAUUGUGGAACCGCAGGUGCUGCUCAUGCUUUCCGCCGUCAAGCACGACAUCACGGCCGAGGACAUCACAAAAGCCCUGGGGGAUGCGCUGAUGACCCCUCUGGAUUCGGUGAAUACGGAGGCAGAAGACGAGGGAUCGGUCACCUGGCAAGACUACAUCAUCCGUUUCCCCCAGCUCAUCAAGAGCUUGGCCGAGUCGGGCUACGAUGAGGCGGUGGCAAAGGCCGCCCUGCAGAGCUGCCUGCCCCACGCCCCCAUCACCGAGCAGAUGCUCAUGGACUUCGCCUUCGAGCAAGGCGACGACAAGGAGCUGGUCGAAAAACUCAGCAAAUCCUACGAGGAGGCGAGAGAAACCUUCCUGCAGAAGAGGCGGAAGUUUCAGACCAACACGGGAGACAUCGACCAUGUUUCCUUCAGCACCCUGGCGCAGGACGAGUUGACCGCCUCCUUCGAGAGUUUGCCGUCCAUUUACGACAAGGUCAAUCUGCUCUGGGAUGCCUACUGCAAGAAAUUCCCCGGCCUGGUGUCCGAUAAAUACAUAGGCCUAGAUGUUUUUGGGGAGACGCUCAAGCAUUUGGCCGCUCUGGAGAGCACCCGCGUCGAGAGAAGUUUACCCGUUGGCUUCGAAGCCAGGAAACCGCUUCUCGUCAUGUGUAAGGAAGAGGAAAUGUUACCCAACAUGUUAUCUGUCUACCGACACACUGAGACGGCGCCUCUCCCAUCCUAUGAUGAGGUCCUGGUGUGUACACCCAACACGGAGGAGGAGGAGGUGGAGCUGCUCGUCCGGAGAGCUCUUUCUCCAGGUUCCCAAGACCAGAAGAUCUACUGCUUGUUGGGCGCCGAUAAAUUGGUUUAUAAAGUUUCCAAACAACUCGAGUCUCACUUUUUCCGCCUGGUGCAAUCUUCCCGCAUCCCCGACUACAGAUUCAUCAUCUUCUGCAACGCCAAAGCUCACAACUCCUACGUUAUCACGGCCUUUGAUACCUACAAGGUGACUUUCCCUUGCUACGCCAAGGAAGACAUCCAGACCUACCUGAAGACCCACCUCAAAGUGCCGGGUGGGACGGACCCCGUGGCUCAAGCCUUUGAGGAGCCCUAUCAGCAGAACGUCAAGUUCGUCUUUUCGGAGCGAGCGGGAAUGGGGAAGUCUCUCUUUGUGGACAACACCAUCGAGAAGGUCCGCGCCCAGCUGGGCGGCGCUCUCCCGCUUCACAAAACCAUUCGGCUGAUGGAAUCGGACAUCGAUUUCCAGUUCUUCGUGGAGGAGCUCUUCUCCAUCAAGGAAUCCUGGACCAAAAUGCAACCCACCAUCUUCCACAUCGAUGUCUCUCCGGUGGUAUCGAAGGGUCUCUACCGGCUGCUGAUUGACCUGUGCAUCCUGCGGCACAUCCAGAGCCCCGACGGUUUGGUCUGGAAGUGCAAACCUUCUCAUCUUUACUUGAUUGAGUACCUGGUGAAAGGGAAAGGCCUCAGGAGUACCAGGAAGCAAGAGAUGUCCGUUGAAAUGGAAGAAAAAUUCCUGGAUCUUUUCCCUACCGUGGAAUGCGUCUCGCCGCUGCGGGUCCUCGACUUGUUGGGAAAUCCCAGUUCUCUCCCUCCCACGGAACUGAGGGAGCAAUGGUUUCACCGGGACAAACUCCGCACCGCUGUUUUCCAAAGGUCCUACCAAUACCUCAGCAGAUACAAACGCAAGGAAAACCUUGACCGUUUCGCUUUUGUCUCCGGAAGCGUGGAAGGGACAGAGAGGGAGUGCCUGGAGUGUUUGAUGGAGUUCUGUGAGAGAAGCAACCCCUCCUGGACCGAGCUCAGCAACUUCACCCACUUCUUGAACUUCCAGCUCAAGAGGUGUGAGAACUCGGUUUUCUGCAGUUCGGUGGUGGGAGGGGAGUUCAGCGGCUUCAAAACGUUCGUCGUCAAGUUCAUGAUCGCCAUGUCCAAGGACUUCGCCAUGCCAUCCCUCAACAUGUCCGACGAAAGCGUGCCCAACGAGGAGUUCAAGGAGAUGGACUACGUUCUGCGAGAGUACCAGCUAAGACGCAAGUGGGAACAAGAGGCGCACCCGUAUAUAGUCUUCCACGCUGAUGGUGACUCCAUGGAGUUUUUGGGUUUCCACGUCAACCAGAACUUGGAUGCCAUCGAUGCUUAUUCCCAGGCUGUUUUGGAGCCGGCGGUUAUGAGCCCGAGGUUGUACAGGACCUUGGAUCGCCAAAACGUUCCCUUCAAUAAGAAAUUCGAAACCUUAUCCAGAAAGGACCAGUUGGAGGCCCUCUGCAGAGUCUUCGGGGUGAGCUGCCAAGAGGACCCAGAUGCUUCCUACCAGUUGACUCUGGACAACACCAUGAAGAUGUUGGCCAUUCACCUGCGCUUCCAGUGUGGCAUCCCUGUGAUCAUCAUGGGCGAAACGGGCUGCGGGAAGACGAAACUGGUGCAGUUCAUGUGCAACCUGCAGAACGCGGGCAGGGUGGCUCAGAACAUGAUGGUGGUGCGGGUUCACGGGGGCACCACCUCCAAAACCAUCCAGGAGAAGGUAAGGCAGGCCAUGGAGCUGGCGCGCGCCAACGAAGAAAAGGACGACGUGGACACCGUGCUCUUCUUCGACGAAGCCAACACCUCGGAGGCCAUCUUCGCCAUCAAAGAAGUGCUGUGUGACCGCAGCGUCGCCGGGAAGCGCAUUUCCACCCGCAGCUUAAAAGUGGUGGCCGCUUGCAACCCUUACAAAAGGCACACCAAGGACACCAUUGAGAAACUGGAGAAAGCUGGUUUGGGAUACCGAGUCCGGAGCGAAGACACCCCGGAGAAGUUGGGUUACAUCCCGUUGAGGCAGUUGGUGUAUCGGGUGCAACCCCUCCCCCCCAGUUUAUUACCUCUGGUGUGGGAUUUUGGGGAGUUGAACGAGAAGACGCAAAGCCUCUACAUCCGGGAGAUUGUCAAGUCCACCGUGGAGACCCACAUCCCCGCGGGAAACCUGGAUGUCUUCACCAACGUCAUCUCAGCCUCCCAGAAGUUCCUGAGGGAGAGGAAGGACGAAUGCAGAGUCGCCAGCCUGCGGGACAUAGACCGCAGCAUGAAAAUAGUCCUCUGGUUUUACAACCUACGGGACCUCCUUUUCCCCCACAUGGACGAGAAGAGGCAGAACAAGGAGGAAGAGAAGGCGACCUUAAACGAUGCGCAAAGGGCUUUGGUCCUUUCGGUGGGGGUCUGCUAUUACGUGUCCCUGGAGAGGCGUCACGAGUACCUGGAGGAGGUCGCAAAAUGCUUCUCGGUCCCCGCGUCCCGCCUCCGGCAAGAGAUUGAGUUGUGCCAAGAGGUAUUUCUUGAUAACCUCUCCAUUCCGAAGGCGACGGCCUGCAACAACGCGCUGCGGGAGAACAUCUUCAUGAUGGUCGUCUGCAUGGACCUCCGGGUGCCCCUUUUUCUGGUUGGGAAGCCGGGAAGUUCCAAAUCCCUAUCCAAAACCAUCGCUGUAGACGCCAUGGCAGGCACGAUGUCCAGAGAAGCCUUGUUCAAAAGAUGCAAAGAGGUCCAGCUGGUCUCCUUCCAGUGCAGCCCCCAUUCCAAACCAGAAGGCAUCAUCUCCACUUUCCGCCAAUGCGCUCAGUUCCAGAAGGGCAAGAACCUGGAGGAGUUUGCAUCCGUGGUCCUGCUGGAUGAGAUCGGGCUGGCGGAAGACUCCCCCGAUAUGCCGCUGAAGACGUUGCAUCCUCUGCUGGAAGACGGAUGCGUUGACGACGAAGAGCCGGAGCCUUACAAAAAAGUUGGCUUCGUGGGCAUCUCCAACUGGGCCUUGGACCCUGCCAAAAUGAACAGGGGCCUCCUCGUCUUUCGGACGGAACCAAGCAGGGAAGAGCUGGUGAAGACCGCCAAAGGCAUCUGCACCGGCCAACCCCACCUCGACAGAAUCGAGCACUUGUUCCCCAUUCUGGCCAACUUCUACUGCAACGUGCUGGAAACGCAGCAAACGGAGUUUUUUGGCCUUCGCGACUUCUACAGCUUAAUCAAGAUGAUCGUGUCCUACACGCAGAGCAUGACGCACGUCACUCAAGAGGAGCUCCUCGUAAAAGCCAUCCAGAGAAACUUUGGAGGCUCCAACGAUAUCCGCCCUCUGGAAAUCUUCCGGAAGUGCACCAGCGAGGUUUCUCUCACCUGCGCCACGGAAACCAGCUGCAUCCGCCUGCUGGAGGAGAACAUGGACACGCGGCAAGCGGGAUUCAUGUCUCGUUACCUCCUGUUGCUGACGACCAACAACGCCGCCUUUCAGAUCAUCCAGAUGACGCGGCUCAUCAAUGCCGGCGACUGCGACAUCAUAUUCGGCUCCGGUUUCCCACGGGACCAGGAUUAUUCCCAGGUGUGCCGCUCGGUGAACAGGGUGAAAAUCUGCAUGGAGAUAGGCAGACCCGUCGUCCUCCUCAACAUACAGAACCUUUACGAGAGCCUCUACGACGCCCUCAAUCAAUGCUUCGUCAGCCUGGGGGGUAAUUCCUACGUUGACCUGGGCCUCGGCACUCAUAGGGUGAAGAGCCGCGUGAAGGAGGAGUUCCGGCUGAUUGUUAUAGAGGAGAAGAAUGUGGUCUACACGCAGUUCCCCACCCCUCUGCUGAGCCGUCUGGAGAAGCAUUGCCUGGACAUGAACAGCAUCCUCAACUGGCAGCAGAAGGACCUGAAGCGGGACCUGGAGAUAUGGGCCACGCGCUUCGUCUCCAUCGAGAAACCCGAUUUGUACGGAGUCUGGACCCGCACCUCAAACCAGGGCGCUCCCAAGGAGCACGACGUCUUCAUCGGCUUCAGCGACGACACCUCCGCCGCCAUCGCGCUGGAGAUCUCCCAACACUUCCACUGCGGGGGCUUCGAACCCUACGGAGAAGCCGUCCUCUCCGCUGCCACCAGCAAACUGGUGGAGUGCGCCACUCCUGACUCCGUCUUACGCCUGCAGUACUCCGCUCUGCAGGACGCCAAGCAGAUCCAGGACCUCUAUUUCAUGGAGCAGAAGCACAACAGCCUGGCCAGCCUCUUGCGUGAGACCAUGAAGACAGGGAGCACCACCGGGCUGUGCCUGCAGGUUUCUACCCACUCCAGGCUGCUCAACCAGAAGGACGUGGAAGCGCUGAGGAAGACUCUCGACCUCUCGGAUACCAUCCACUGCCUCUUCCUCAGCCAGUUUGACACCGAACACGCUUUCCGCCAGGACCUCAGGAGUUUCUUCAGGGAGGCGUGGGGACCGCGGCUGCUCCUCGUCCAGUUCCACUUCGAUGAGCCGCAGAGCAGCAAGAGGCUCCUGGCCUGCGCCAAGCGGGUACCGGGUCCCACCAACACCGGCCAGAAGGAAGGUCUUCUCGGGGUGGCCUCCACCCACGAAGCCUCCUCAGAUGCCUUCAGCCUUCGGUACAGCAUCACCGACGAGCGAAGGAAGUCGGCCAACCCCCACCUGGUGCACGUCGUGCUCAUCACGAAAGUCCCGCGGGUCCUGGGAGGCUGCAGCUACCUGGCUUUUGACAGCGGUGAGUGGAAGUCUGUCCACUUGGACGAACUGAUGCCCCUAGAGAACUUCAAGGCCAACCUCGGCCGGCUCUCCAAAAUGACCAUCGCCGAGAUCUUCACGAGCAGCUCCCUGCAGGGUCCCUCGACGGGUUCUCCAGAGGGUUCUGCUGCUCUGGGAAGUCUCACCGAGUUGGGUCUUCACCCAGAGGAAAAUCCGCAGGUCCUCAACAUGGACGCCAUGAUCAAAGGGAGCAUCCAGAAGGCCGUGAUCCAGCUGGAGGACAAGACGGACAACAGCCAGCGCCCAACGGAGAGAAUCAAGAUCCUCCACAACUUGCUGUUCCACGCUGAGAGUGGUGUUUCCAACCACUUCAUGACCACCCUGAAGAAGAGAAUUUGUUGCCUCCUCCACGAACGAGAGAAACAUAUCCCGGAGCCGCGGGAGUGGAUUUUCCUCCGGGCACUCUCCACCGAGUUCAUCCUGGAGGACACGUCGUUCAGGCAGGCGCUCUGGGGGCACCUGGAUGACAUCGUGGCGAACGUCUUCGCCCAAAUUCUCGCCGUGGUGGACGCCAACAACAACCUGGAUCACAUCUCUCAAGGCUCUCCGCUGGCGGAACUCUGGCUCCGGAUGUUCCAAGAAGAAACGUUCCUCAAAAUUAAAUACACCAGGAAGGUGGCAGACGCGAAGAUCCCCGUGUUAUCGAUGACCGAAGACCCCAACACCUCCCUCUUCUGCCAGUUCCCCUUCAGUUGGGUUUUGAAAGCCUACCUGGAUGACGUGUGGGAGGUCUAUCACAUGAAAGAUCAACCCCAGAUGCCGACGAAGGAAGUGGCCAAGUUCUACCAAACCUUCAUCAAGGAUGCCUUGAUGCCGGUCUGCAGCGACAGAGACGUGCUCCGCCGUUACACCAAUGACUUUCUCCGCAUGGCUUUUCCUGGCCAAGAUGUCUCCGUCUACGAGCUUCUCACCAAAGUCUUCCUGGCCAGCGCGGAGCAACUCUGCUCCGCCGUGGGCGGAAAGGAGAUGAAAUUCUCCCCCAUAUGGCUUCACAUGGAAUAUUUCUACCUCCGAGAUGAUUAUCAGCUCUUUGUUGACAUCGCCAAGAGCAACGACGCCGUCGUGGGCGAGCUGCAGGCAAAGUAUGAGAAGAACCCCCCAGAAAUGUUUGUCACUCUCGACGCCUUGAACCUUCUCCUGGAGAAAGUGCAGCCCUCCGAAAACGGACUUUUGCCCUUCGAUGCCUGCGUCGCGUGGCUCAAAAGCGUCAAGUCCAUUAAGCCCUGGGUGGAGUGGAUCAGUGUGGACAACUACCAGCUGCAGUUCUACCAGAAGAAGAAGCAGCUCCUGGAGAGCGUCUUACAUCGCUGGACCUGCACCAACAUUGUCUACAUGUUGAUUGACCACCUGCUGCACAACGAGACCCAAAUAGAAGAGAAACUCCUGAAGCUUGUGGUGAAGCAGUUCAUCUUCCUCUGGAACCGCCUCUAUGCGACGCCGGGAUUUGAGCCGGAGAAGACCUUUGAUUUGGUGACCAAAGUGCUGAAGAAAUGCAACGAGAAUGCUGACGUCGUGUACCUGGUGAAAGGUGUGAAGGAGUGCAAGAGCUGCCUCCGGGAGAUCACCGACCCGGCCGAGCUGCCCUGCAGCCACAUCUUCUGCACACGCUGCAUCCUGGAGUGGACGAACAAGCAGUGUAAGAUCUGCAAGGAGGAAUUCCCGGAGGAUUACACGCCCACCGCUUCGGAAGCCACCAGGGAAGCCGUCGCCUGUCACAACAAAUUCAGGAGGAAAUGCAACUCCUUCUUCGUUGAGUUCCUCACCUUGUACUUUUUGGGAGACAGAGAGCCCCCGUCCGCCGAAAUCAUCCAGCGGCUGAUCCAGUUUGUGGCCUGCAAACCCAACCCUGAGCAUCAGACAGGGAAAAGAGUGUACAAGCCGAAAAGCGAGUUGUCGCCCUUCGAAGAGUGCAUGGACACCAGUCCCACCGUCCAGUCCUCCCUCCUGAAGCUGCUGCUGCGAUGCGGGUUCAACAACGUCAAGGUUCACCUGGAGGAAUACCUGUCCCAGAUGGAGGAGAAGAUCAUGUCCAACCAAAGCAACAUGGACCAUUUCUACUUCAUGGUGGUGCACUGUCUGGAGGAUUUUAUGUAUCCUUCGGCUGAAGAAGACAUCAGCCAACUGGCGGAAAACUGCCUCUCCACUGCCGACCUUUCCGCCUUCGACAAGCCCGAGGUCUCACGAAUCAACACCCUCCAGUUCAUCGCCCAACUCCGGCUCUCCAUCAGCCACGUGGCCACCGUCUUGGGCAGACAAACGCUUGCCGAUCCCAACGCGCAAGCUGCUGAGGGGACGGAGAAAGCGGAAGACCUGGUGAACGCGAUGAAGCAGCUGGUGGCGAAGGUGUCGACACCGUGGCCGCAGUUGUUCCUCAUCAGGAACCUCUGUGACAUCUACGGGCUCACCUCGAUGCACAAGAUCCUCCAGGUGGAGAAGUGGAUUUUGCCCCAGGGGGUAGAAAUGUCGCAGAUUGACUCUCUUCCAGUUGAGGAGCACAACAGGCCCUCGUAG